UAUGAAUACAAAUCAUAUUACAUAAACUUCUAACGCAAUGUUUGUACAUUUGCCCUAGCUGUAAAAAUAUUUAUUUAUUUAUGUACGGCACAGUGCUAAUUCAUAGUAAAUUCCGCAUUAAGUUAAUCCAUCUAUGAGUUAGGAGUUGUUGAAUAAAUGACAGCUUCAUUCUUUAAAUGCAAUUUUGUUAGUUGGUACUGGUUAAAAAGACGUGGUCUGAAUUACACAAGUUUUAACCAUAUUUUAUCAGAGAACACGCGGCCUAGGAACAUAAGUCUAUGUUGUAAUAUAGCGGCACCUCAGACAGUUGUUAAGAAGAGAUUUAAGAAGCAGAUCAAAGAAAUUAAUAUGAAGUCUACCAAGAAAGGUACCGGUGAUUCUAAAUCUAAUAUUUCUGAAUUACAACCGUGGCCAUCAUAUAUACAAGAAAGACUUACCUUAUGGGAUAAAUUAAAAUCUCAGUAUGACGCAGAAUUACUAGCGAAACCAGAAAAAACUAUUGUUAUAACUUUACCAGAUGGUAAAACAAUUGAAGGAUUGGCUUGGAGAACUUCGCCUUAUGAUAUUGCAAAAGGAAUUAGUCAAGGGUUAGCUGACAAUACAGUUAUUGCAAAGGUCAAUUCUGAACUAUGGGAUCUAGAUAGGCCUCUAGAAUAUGAUUGCAAAUUAUCUUUAUUGAAAUUUGAUGAUCCUGAAGCCCAGCAAGUUUUUUGGCAUUCUUCUGCCCAUAUUCUUGGAGAAGCUAUGGAAAGAGUUUAUGGAGGAUGUUUAUGUUAUGGACCUCCAAUUGAUAAUGGUUUCUAUUAUGAUAUGUUUCUUGAAGACAAAGGAAUUUCUAAUUUAGAUUUUCCAUUUAUUGAAAACUUAGUUAAAAGCAUUGUAAAAGAAAAGCAACCAUUUGAACGUUUAGUGAUGACAAAAGAAGAUUUACUUAAGAUGUUUGAGUAUAAUCCUUUCAAAGUUCGAAUUCUGAAUGAAAAAGUCGAUACCCCUACUACAACUGUAUAUCGUUGUGGUCCUUUGAUUGACCUAUGCAGAGGACCCCACAUACGAAACACAGGUAAAGUAAAAGCAUUAAAAGUCACAAAAAAUUCAGCUACUUAUUGGGAAGGGAAGGCAGAUGCAGAAACUCUGCAAAGAAUGUAUGGAAUAUCAUUUCCUGAUAAUAAAUUAAUGAAAGAGUGGGAAAAAAUUCAGGAGGAAGCAGCUAAACGCGAUCAUCGUAAAAUUGGUAAAGAACAAGAACUUUUUUUCUUUCAUGAAUUAUCCCCAGGAUCUUGUUUCUUUCAACCAAGGGGAGCACAUAUUUAUAAUACACUGGUGGAAUUUAUUAGAAAAGAGUAUCGCAAAAGGGGGUUUCAGGAAGUUGUUAGUCCUAACAUUUACAAUUCAAAAUUAUGGCAAACUUCUGGACACUGGGCUCAUUACUCUGAAAAUAUGUUUUCGUUUGAUGUAGAAAAAGAAACAUUUGCAUUGAAACCUAUGAAUUGUCCUGGACAUUGUUUGAUAUUUGAUAAUCGUACACGUUCCUGGCGUGAAUUACCUCUACGAUUAGCUGAUUUUGGGGUCCUACAUCGCAAUGAAUUAUCAGGUGCUUUGACAGGCCUAACUCGUGUUCGCAGGUUUCAGCAAGAUGAUGCACAUAUUUUUUGUGCACCUGAACAAAUACGCCAAGAAAUUACUUCAUGUCUCGAAUUUCUUAGGCAUGUUUACAAAGUGUUUGGAUUCACUUUUCAACUAGUGCUAUCCACACGACCAGAAAAAUAUCUUGGUGACAUCAAUGUGUGGAAUGAAGCAGAAAAAGCACUAGCUGAUAGUUUGGACAGCUUUGGUGAAAAAUGGAAAGAAAAUCCAGGUGAUGGUGCAUUUUAUGGUCCUAAAAUUGAUAUUACGAUUUUAGAUGCCCUCAAAAGGGCACAUCAAUGUGCAACAAUACAAUUAGAUUUUCAAUUACCUAUCAGAUUCAAUUUGUCUUAUGUAAGCGAAACCGGAGAUAAAAAAAGACCAGUUAUUAUUCAUAGAGCAAUAUUAGGUUCUGUUGAACGAAUGAUUGCUAUCCUUACUGAAUCAUAUGCUGGCAAAUGGCCAUUUUGGUUAUCGCCCCGUCAAGUGAUGGUUAUUCCUGUUGGUCCUUCAUUAGAUGCAUAUGCAGAGGAAGUGAAAAAUAAACUAUAUGAUGCUGGAUUUAUGGCAGAGGUUGAUACAGAUGCUGGUGAUACUAUGAACAAGAAAAUCAGAAAUGCACAGAUUGCUCAAUUCAAUUUUAUUUUAGUUGUUGGUGAAAAAGAGAAAAACAGUGGUACAGUUAAUGUACGUACUCGAGAUAAUGUUGUCCAUGGUGAACUUACAAUUUCUGAUUUGAUUAGUAAGUUCAAAAAACUAUCUGAAAAUUAUACUAUCAAUGAAGAUGUUCUUCUGUAAAUGCAUUUUAUUUUAUAUUUUUAAUUAUAUUUAUAUUUAAUUAAACUAAUUUUAGGAUAUCAACUUACCAAUGUAACAACUUAUUUCAAUUA